GAACAUUUUAAGCUUUGGUUUUGUUAUCUCAUAUUUGAACAAAUAAUUGCUUUUCUGUUCAUCGAAAGCAACAUAUUUUGGAAUUCAGGGAUAGUUUCACAUAAAGUGUUGUCGCAGUGAAGAGAUGCCGGCCCUUUGCAUCUGUAAUAACAAUGACCCGAACCGAAGGGCCAGCAAAGAGUUGGAUAAGAAGAUUAACGUUUGGAUGAAACAGUACCGGAAAUCUAUUAAAUUACUCCUUUUAGGUGCCGGUGAAAGUGGAAAGACCACUAUUAUUAAACAAAUGAAAAUUCUUCACAUCGAAGGCUUUUCGGACGCCGAAAGGAAAGAGAAAGCGCUUGAAAUCAGAUGUAAUUUAUUAGAAGCCAUUAAAGAAUUGACAGAAAACAUGCCGUACUUAAAGCCACCGAUUACUUUGCACAACACUAACAAUCAGAAUAGUUUAGAUUUUGUACAUAAUUUGGAUAUGAGUACAGCUGACAGUUACAGCUAUCCCGAAGAGUUUUAUGAUAACGUCAAACGUCUGUGGAGUGAUCAGGGUGUCCAAGGUUUUUUGGACAAAAUUGAUGUGAUAAGAGGUGCAGAUUAUGUGCCAUCAGAUCAGGACGUCUUAAACUGUCGUAAGAGGACGAGUGAAAUACAAAGAAUUGAAUUUGAAGUGAAAGUUCCCCUUCAGUUCGGUGGCGGCACUCAAAUGAUGUUUGAUGUCGGAGGACAGAGAGGAGAGAGACGUAAAUGGAUUCAAGUGUUUGACGGCAUAACUGCUAUUCUGUUUUUAGUGGCCUCUUCUGGAUUUGAUACCAAUUUGCGAGAAGACAAUCAGACAAAUAGACUUCGAGAGAGUCUGUCUCUAUUCGAAGACGUCUGGAGCAGUAAAUUCCUAAUCGAUUCCGGAUUCAUACUAUUCCUCAACAAACAGGAUGUACUCAAAGAGAAGAUCGAAAGGGGCUCUAAAAUAGAGAACUAUUUCCCGGAAUAUCACACUUUCGUCAUGUCUUCCAAAGACGGCGACCCAAACGACCCCUACCUAAAGGGGCGCUCCUUUAUUCGGGAACUGUUUCUAGAGAUCACUCGCAAACCCCCGGAUCACCGGAAGUUCAGUACUUCUAAUUACGUUAACGAGAACUCCAACGAGAAAAAACGGGAGUGUUUUUGUCACUUCACGACCGCCACCGACACCAACAAUAUAAAGCGUGUCUUCGAGAACGUCCACACAAUGAUCAUAAUCCAGAACUUAGAGAAUAUUGGACUUACAUAACACACACACAUCCCUAUCCUCAUCCCCUGUUCACCACUAAAUUGUCUAUAAAUUGCUUUUAAUGUAAAUCUGUUACUAAUAAAUGACUGAAUAAUAAAUGAAACCAUAACUGCACUGUUUGUGGCAUAAAACUGCC